CUCCUUAAAACAUCCUCGCUGCACCACUCACAGAUUGACAUUGAAGUACUUCGUAGUUCCGGUGUACUUUUGGAUACGGAAGUUCUGAGUCAGAACCAACCGUCCAGUCGGAACGAUGACGCCUAUCUUUUGCAAAUUUUCACCGCCCCGGUGUUUGAAAAGGACGGAUUCUUUAUGGAGCUGAUUCAACGUCAUGCAGGCGCGUCCGGAUUUGGAGCGGCGAAUAUCACUGCGUUGUGGCGUGCCGCAGAACUGGCUCGUUCAGAAACGAAUCCACGAACAACCAAACGUUCUGCCAGUUGA